AUGUACUGGAACACCAAGGAGUACAUGUCGGAUCGCCUGGUGAAGCCGGUGCUGAGCCGAGCCAACUCGAUGAAGAACCUCGGCCAUGUGGUGCUGGAGUCCAGAGUAUCAAACUACGCAGCAGAUCGCCUGGACGGAGCCCUCAACGUGUGCGACAAAUAUGUGGACAGAUAUCUCCCGGCGGAACCUGCCGGAGACUGUACCGAUUCUCCCCACCCCACCCAGCAGCAGUCAGACGACUCCCACAAAACGCAUGUCAUCCAAACGAUUCACCGCGGCCAGCAGAUAUCCCGUAAACUGACCCGUCGGUUGACGUUCCGCACCCGUCAGGAGCUGACCGCCCUCAAGAAGCAAAGUACCGAAGCCGUGCACGUGGUAUUCUACGCUGCGGAACUGAUCGCCACCAAUCCACGGCUAGCCAUGCAGAAGGGUGUCGAACUGUGGCAAUACCUGAGCGCUGAUGAACCGGAAAACCAAGCCCGUCCGCAGACGCUCGAACAAUUGGUGGUCCUGUUGACGAGAGAAUCCGUCCGAAAGAUGGUUCAUCUGGUUAACUUCACCGCCGGAGCAGUGACCAAGGUGCCCAGGACGAUCCGUGUGCAGACACGCGAGCUGCUGCACCACAUGAUGUUUGCCACCGAUCGGUUGAUCAAGGCUGCCCACUUGGAGAACGCUAAGAAUGCAACCAUUACCGAAGCAACGGGAUUGAUGCACCGGAUUCAACACACCUAUGAAGAACUGCAGAAUCAAACUAACCUGGCUUUGGAACGUUUAGCAGUGUUUCUUUCCGGCCGGCUGGAAGCGGAGAAGAUCACAACCACCGACAACCCCCGGCGAAGGAUCCAAAACCGAGCGAACCAUAAUCCAAUGCAUAGUAGCAUCAAUGGCGUUUAUUAGCGUACGGACGGCCGAGCUGCUGCACCGGCAGCUCCUCCGUGAGGGCACAGCGCUCGAACCCAUUCUCAACAACGACAACAACGGAUUGGCGGGACGUGAUUGAGAGAUCAUGAUGAUAGCCUUUCUCACUUUUUAUACAUGUUUUUUUGUUGGUGUAAUAAUGUUACGGUUUUGUCGAUGAUUAAAAAGUUUCAAUAUA